AUGUCGACGCCGAGGCGAGAAUCGAACCAUGAACCUCCCACUUACCGGAAAAACGCUUCAUUAGCUGCUUUGCUGCCUUGUGUAACGCAUACAAUUGAGCACUACAUUGGCUCGCCCACUUCAGGUAUCCGUCCCGUUGUGGAAGACUUCCAAAACGGAACUGCAAUCGGUCCGUUGAACAAGAGCCUACAGGACCACUGUGGAAUCCAAGGUUCUGAGUUUGAGAAGGACAGGUUACCGAGGUGUACCGACACAGCUUCGGUCAACAAUAAGAAAAAAUAUAGUCGUCCUCACGGGUGGUAUGUACAUCCAGACUGGAUGAUUAAACCUAGCAGAAGCACGGAUUUGGAGUGGAUACUCAGCGUACCGGUAAUGUAA